AUGACGCUGGCGCCAGAACCGUAUACUGUCUCCAUUCCUCAGGAUAAGAUCGACAGCUUGAAGACUAAGCUAUCUCUUGCCGAGUUUCCUGACGAACUGGCAGCGUCAGAAUGGGAUUUGGGUGUACCAUUGGCGGACAUGAAAAGGCUCACAAAGGCUUGGGAGCAAUGGGAUUGGAGAGAAGCAGAAAUACGCCUCAAUCGGGUUCCUCAGUUCCAUACUCCAAUCAAUAUAGAGGGGUUCGGUGAUCUGGAUAUCCAUUUCGUGUGGCAAAGAAGCGAAGUGAAGACCGCCAUCCCGCUUCUGUUUGUUCAUGGAUGGCCAGGAUCUUUCAUAGAAGUGCUAAAAAUACUUCCGCUACUCUCCAAACCUGGUGGUCCAGCUUUUCACGUUGUUGCGCCGUCUCUUCCUAAUUUUGGAUUCAGCGAAGGACCGAAGAAACGAGGUUUCGCCGCUGCACAAUAUGCAGAAACUUGCCAUAAGUUGAUGCUGUCUCUCGGAUACAACGAAUAUGUAACGCAAGGAGGCGAUUGGGGCUUCACAAUCACACGUUCAAUCGGCUAUCUGUAUCCAGACCACUGCAGAGCAAGUCAUAUCAACAUGGUCCAUGCCCAUCCACCAACAUUUAUGAAAAAUCCUGUGCUUGCACUGCAACACUCUCUCACGUCUUACUCUCAAAGAGAGGAGGAUGGAUUCAAGCGCACGAGGUGGUUCUCCAAGGAGGGUAGAGGGUACAACCUAGCACAGUCAACGAAGCCGCAGACCUUGGCUUACGCUUUGAAUGACUCACCGGUGGCCCUCCUAGCCUGGAUCUAUGAGAAGCUACACGACUGGACGGAUGGUUAUCAAUGGAAAGAUGACGAAAUCCUUACAUGGAUAAGUAUUUACCAAUUCAGUCGCAUGGGACCUGGGGCAGCACACAGGAUCUAUUACGAAGUGCAGCACACUCAACCAGGACCAGGGAAGACGACUUCUGCAGAGACCAGUGGAUACAUUUGUGUGAAACUGGGACUGGCAUACAAUCCCAAGGAAUUAAUGGUAUAUCCGAAAACAUGGUGUCGUACUCUGGGCCCAGUGGUUUACGAAUCCUAUAACAACUCCGGAGGUCAUUUUUACGCUACUGAGCACCCUGAAUGGUUAGCAAGGGAUUUGAGGACGAUGUUCGGGAGAGGUGGUGGAGCUUUUGGUGCUGUAAAGAACAACAAUGGUUAUGGUAGCGACCGGGCAAGACUUUAA